CCGGCAUAUCUUGGGACUCGUCCCGGCUUGUCCCGCCCGUUGCCCCGGGGCUCUCCAUGGCCCUGCCCGUCGUACACAGGUGCCUCCAACUCACUGAUGAAAAUGAGCAGUUAAUCAAGAAGGUGAAAAAACUACAGAUAAAAAAUAAGGAACUAGAAAAGAAUCUGGGUCAGAUCCAAGAACAGCUGUAUCUGCAGCAGUUCAUGCAUGUCUGUGGCUCAAGCAGAGAUGUUCAGGUUCAAACAGAAACCCAUUUAUGGCAUAAGGGUGGAGACAACAAGGAUGUGGUUCUAGAGAGUGAGAGUGUCAGAUUACUUCAGAUGUAUAAUGAGCUACAGAAACGUUAUGUUAAAGAAACCAAAAUAAACAAGGAGCAAAGUGAAGCAAUUAAAAAUCUCACUAUUAAAAUUAAUGAGCUAGAGCAUAAUCUUCAAGAACAGAGGCAAAGAAUUGAGCAACUGGAAUGUAAAAAGGUUUCUUGGAAAACUAGUGCUGUUUCUGGAAAACGAAGUCAAACUCCAGAGGGAGGAGUAACUUCUCACAGGGACAUUUCUGCAAAGGAGGAAUCCUGUUGCAGUAGAUAUUUAGAGCUAUUGUUGAAGGAGAUUAAAAAGCUGAAGAAAGAAAAUGGAAAGUUGUCUGCAGAAAAGAGAGCACUAAAAAAUGAACUAGCUGGAUUAGACAAGGAUUUUUUUGAAGAGGUAGAAGAUCUAAAACAUGCUGUACAGGAAUCUAUGAAACUGAACAAUGAGUAUGAAAAGUGUUUGAAACAAAUAAGUGUAAUAUAUGGACUUCCUUUUACAGCACAUUUGUAACUACUGGGUAAUUUAAUGCCAGUUAGAAUUUACACAUAUUUUUUAUACUUACUGCAGCAUAUAAACCUACCAUUACUUAAAUGAUACUACAGUUUGGUCAUAUAGAUUCAGAAAUGUGAUCUCAAUAUGACAAGUGCUCGGAAAUGUUGUAUUUCGUGACCUUGAAUUUUUUUGUUGUUUUAUGCAUUUUUAAAUAAACUGUGAUCUGCAUAACUUCAACUAAGUUUCAAACCCAUCUCUUUCAUACUUGCACAAUAUAUUCUGGUGGUGGGUGUUUAUGGGAAUACAAUAAAAUUGUUUUAUUUUGCAGAAUUUCUCCAGUUCUUUUCUAUAGGCUACAUAAAAUCAAAGUGUCUGUGUAGAUUUGUCAAACUGUGUGAAUUUCAGCCCUGAGGAUGUGCUAUGCAAACAGAAAUUAAUUCUAUAAUUAAAUUAUUGCAGAGGAGUUUCCUAAAAGAAAAAUGCUUAAUCUCUGCUUGGAAUUUUUCUUCAAUCCAAAUAAUAAAUGAAAAACUGUGGAUGAAGGAAAGAUUUAGUGUUCAGAAUUGGAAAGUGUAUUCAGAGCAUUUUGCAUCAUCAAAAGAAGAAUUAAUCAGAACCUCUUUUUUGAUUCAAGGGUGAGGUACUCAAGGAACUUUGGUAUUUGAAGAGCUGAAAAGGAAAGGGGGUAGUGCAGAAAGUCACAGUCCACAAGGCAGAAAUGUCGUGUUGCUUCAGGGAGGGCGAGCUGGGAAUGAAAAGAGGCAACUCCCAGUUACAAGUGUAAUUUGCAGAACCUUGUGAGAUUUGAAUCUGAACUUGGUUGUAACGACAUCCCAUGAAAGUUUAACAUAGCUACAUUACAGAACUAUAUUUUUCUGAAAGGUGUAAAUCUCUGCCUUUGUGAUGGGAGAGUUGAGUGAAAACUGUUUAGGGUAGAAGGACUUAGCUUGCUUAUAACCUAAUACAGCCUCUUUAGCUUCAUAAAAAUACAUGGACACUCCUGAGGGAUAGGACUAGGAGUAAGAUUAAGACUCUCAUGUCCCUCUCGGUUUGUUAGGACAGUUUAUGCAGUUGUAAUUUAAUAAAGAAAUUUGCCUCAAAGCAUGUGUGGUGUUCAGAGUUGCAUGUUCACUAAGUGAUCGGGUAAAGCUCCAGAGCUCCUUGUGCUUGCUCUGGCUAUAGACCACUGCGUUCCUGUUUAAUUCUUGGCUCACUUGUAAAUGAAAACUGGAUAAUAUUCUGAACAAGAGAUGGAAAAGGGAAACAAGCCCACAUUGCCAGUAAACUUGAUGGAAGAAAAUAAGGGGGAUAGCAUUUAUAACUGAAAAUUUUAAGUGGAAAAAUGUUUGUAA